UUCCCUGAUUCAUCUUCAUCUCUCCCAACCCUUUUAGAUCGCUCUUCAAAUCUCUUCCGAACGAUUCUCUCAUUCAAGAUGCAAAUUUUCGUGAAAACACUCACUGGUAAGACCAUCACUCUUGAGGUCGAGAGCUCUGACACCAUCGACAAUGUUAAGGCAAAGAUCCAGGACAAGGAAGGCAUUCCUCCGGACCAGCAAAGAUUGAUCUUCGCCGGUAAACAGCUUGAAGAUGGCCGCACCUUGGCCGAUUACAACAUCCAGAAAGAGUCCACCCUCCAUUUGGUUCUCCGUUUAAGAGGUGGUAUGCAGAUCUUUGUGAAGACCUUGACUGGCAAAACCAUCACCCUCGAGGUUGAGAGCUCAGACACCAUUGACAAUGUCAAAGCCAAGAUCCAAGAUAAAGAGGGAAUCCCACCGGACCAGCAGAGGCUUAUAUUCGCGGGCAAGCAGCUUGAAGACGGAAGGACUCUUGCUGACUACAAUAUCCAAAAGGAGUCGACCCUUCACCUUGUACUUCGUCUUCGUGGUGGUAUGCAGAUCUUUGUGAAGACUCUCACUGGUAAAACAAUCACCCUAGAGGUUGAGAGCUCAGAUACCAUUGACAAUGUCAAAGCUAAGAUCCAAGAUAAAGAGGGAAUCCCACCGGAUCAGCAGAGGCUUAUCUUUGCCGGUAAGCAGCUAGAGGAUGGUCGCACCUUGGCUGAUUACAACAUCCAGAAAGAGUCCACCCUCCAUUUGGUGCUUCGUCUGAGAGGUGGUAUGCAGAUUUUUGUAAAGACCCUAACCGGCAAGACUAUCACUUUGGAGGUUGAGAGCUCAGACACAAUCGAUAACGUCAAGGCAAAGAUUCAAGACAAGGAAGGGAUCCCACCAGACCAGCAGAGACUCAUCUUUGCCGGGAAACAGCUUGAAGACGGACGUACCCUCGCUGAUUACAACAUCCAAAAAGAGUCUACCCUGCAUCUCGUGCUUCGUCUCCGUGGUGGUAUGCAAAUUUUUGUGAAGACCCUUACCGGCAAGACCAUCACUUUGGAGGUUGAGAGCUCAGACACUAUUGAUAACGUUAAAGCCAAGAUUCAGGACAAGGAAGGGAUCCCACCAGACCAGCAGAGACUCAUCUUCGCUGGGAAACAGCUUGAGGAUGGUCGGACUCUUGCAGAUUACAACAUCCAGAAGGAGUCUACUCUUCACUUGGUUCUUCGUCUUCGUGGCGGAAGCUUCUGAGCUUUUCUGAUUUGCUCAAAAAUGUGGUUGUUCGAGUCUCAUGCACUUGGGAGGUGAUAUUCUGCACCUGGUUUCUGUUUCAGUAUGCAAGGAAAACUUAUCCCUAUCAAUGUUCUCAAGUUUCAUUUUCUCUCUUUUUUUUUUUUCUGAACCUUUCAGACCUGUGUUACAACUUUUAUUAAUAAUCCAAGUGCAUGUUAAACA